CAGUUUUCACCCACAGCUGUGCCACCAUAGAGAUUAUAAAGGUAACUUUACCAUAAAUCUCUUUUUACACUUGGGGAGAUAUUAUGUCCCCUCUCCGAAGAAUGCAAGAAUGACGUAGGGACUAUUUUGUGCUGUGGCCGCAAUAGCAGAGAAGGCAAAUGAAAGGGCUUUGUGGCUGGCAUUAUAACCGGGUUGAGUUGGAACUGAAUUUUCCCUUGACAGAUUGUCAAUAACAAGCCCAAUGAAUGUUACCUCCAAAGAAACGAAUCUAAUUAAUUCACCAUGGGUGGCCUUUCGGCCACUGGCAGCCCUAUAUUUUUGGCAAGAAAUUCUCAAGCUAUAUUACAUGGCUAGACAGGUCAUUUAGGCUGUCUCUUGUCAUGUUCCAUUCUCAUACACAACUACUAAUGAAAAGCGAGAGUAUAUUAAUUACUAGCACAUUUGGAACCUCGGAAACAUCACAUGUAUUAAGCAAACACUUUGCACUACAAACAUCUACCGGCCAUUAGACAUCUUAGAAACCAAGAGGAAGAUUAUAAACCAUUUUUUUUUUUUAUUAUUAAUUCUGAAGGUUGGGUUUUGAUUUUUUUUUCGAAACUUGGAUUUGCGUUUGAUAUGACUUGGAUGUCAAAACAGCUAGAACUACCUAAACUUAUAAUAUUGUGAAUGCUCAAUAUUCAAUUAUCUUUUAUUUAUUUAUUAAUAUUGAAGACACAGAGAGAUUUAAGGAACAGAAGAGCGGUUCACAUUGUCUUUCAGAAUCCAGAAAACAAGGGGAAAAUGGCAACCUCAAAAAAAUAACAGUCAGCAAGGUGGCCUUAACAAUUUCCCCCAAGAGCAACUGCGUGCUUUUCCCUUAUAUAAGACAGCCCCAUCGAUUUACGCAUAGUCCUCUGGAAUAAGAAAAGCAAGCAGGACCAAUGGCAAAGUCUAUUAUCUUCCUGGCGGCUUCUGCCCUUUGCUUCUUGUCCCUCCUUGGUUUCGCUUACUGCGACAGCCACUUCUCCGUGGAGGGCAAAGUUUACUGUGACACCUGCCGUACCCAAUUUGUAACAAGGCUCAGCACGUACAUGAAAGGUGCAAAGGUGCGGUUGGAGUGUAGGAAACGUGGAGACGGUGCCAUAACAUACAGCGUAGAGUCGGAGACGGACAAGUUGGGAACGUACCACCUUCAGGUAGACGGCGAGCACGAAGAGGAGGUUUGCGAAAUUGUUCUGCUAAAGAGCAGCGAUCCCGACUGCAGCGAGGUCAGCAAGGAUCCUUUCCAAAAGAAGAGUGCAAGGAUCAGCCUCACAAAGAACAAUGGCAUUACAUCCCCAGUACGCCUUGCCAAUCCUCUUGGCUUCAUGAGGAAGGAGCAUCUUCCUGGUUGCGGCCAGGUCCUCAAAGAGCUCGGGUUAACAGCAGAAGACGAACAAUAAAGACCAUAAUUUCGCAUCACUUUAAUUUGUUACCGAAUAAACCGAGUUCUUUCUUUUUUUCCUUUCACUUACUACGAAAAGGUUGGGGUUUGGAUGAUUCAUUUCUAAUCAUUUUGUGUCUCCAACAUGUGUAUUCAUGUGCUUAUACUGGCUGAAUAUCUACGAGUAAUGGAUAAAGGAUUCUAAUACCGUCUCAA